AUGAGUUUAAAACGAAAGUGUUUGUCAAUUUCCGACAAAAAAAGAAUAAUUGAAGCAGUCGAGAGUGGUAAAAAGAAGAAAGACGUAGCGGAUAGUUUUCAAAUCCCUUCAUCGAAACUUUCUACAAUUUUGAAACAGCAAGAUACAAUUUUUAAUACAACUGAUGCAGAAAGAGACCGAAAAAAGAAUCGACUAAGUGAGUUUCCUCGUUUAGAACAAUGUUUGUACACUUGGUUCAAUCAAGUUAGGCAGCAAAACAUUCCAGACGACAAUGUGUUUCAUAACAUUUUAAAUUUGGAGAACACUAUUGACCUCAUAAGCGCAAGUAACAAGAAAUAA